AUGGCUAUUUCAGUACAUAUGCAAAACCCAUUUAUUCAAUUGAAGAAAAUUGUUAAUCAUCCAUAUCUUGUACAAAUGCCUCUAAUUCCGGGGGAAAAUAAAUUACUUGUUGAUGAGAACAUUACCAAAGUUAGUGGUAAAUUUCAGAUACUUGAUGCCAUGUUAACAAAAUUGAAAAAACUUGGCCAUAAGGUGUUGCUAUUUUCUACAAUGACACAGUUAAUGGAUAUAAUUGAAGAGUUUUUGAUGUUUCGUAAAUUUUCGUUUACCCGGUUGGACGGAACUAUGAGUAUUCAACUUAGAGUUGAUGCAAUGGCUACAUUUAACAGUGAUCCAGAAUGUUUUUUAAUGAUGAUAUCAACACGUGCAGGUGGACUUGGCUUAAAUUUAACGUCAGCAGACACUGUUAUUUUAUUCGACAGCGACUGGAACCCACAAGUUGACUUGCAAGCUCAAGAUAGAUGUCAUAGAAUGGGCCAAACAAAGCCGGUUGUUGUAUAUCGGUUUUGUUCUAAGAACACUAUUGAUGAAAGAAUAUUGAAUUUUGCAACUGCAAAAAGAAAACUAGAAAAAGUGAUCAUUGGCAGUGGUUCAUUUAGUAGAACUGCAACACUUACCAUGUCAAGUAUUGAAGAUCUCAUGACUUUAUUGAAAUCAUCAGAGUACACUAAGAAAAUACAACCAAAUGGAUUUAUCUUAUCUGACGAAGAAUUGGAUGCCAUUUUAGAUCGAUCUGAUAUGUACAAUCCAGUAUCAACACUUGCUUCUCACACUGCUGAACACUUUAAAGUAUUAACAAACUCCUAA